AAUAAUAUACAAUUUUUUAAUCUGUUUACGUUAAAUUUGAAAAUAUUGGAAAUCGCUUUAAGUUUCGUAGUCUUCGAAAUAAGAACCAUUUAAUUCUAUAAAACAUGCCGAUUUAAUGACAACGAAGUAAAUGGCAAGUGGCGUAGCCAAAUGCCCCGGGGGAGGAGUAAGUUCAAAAUGGCUGCCAAAACCUAACAGAAUGAGUGAAUUUAAAUGACAAGUGAUAAAAUGAACGUUUAACUAAUAAUCGAAGGUGAUUUUUUUCUUAUCUGCUUUGUUUACAUGUUGUGUGCCUCCUCCACGCGAGAUUUUUAAAUAGAUUUUAUAAUGUUAUUGUUAAUACUGGAUCAUCAUUGUUGUAAAGUUAGCCUGAAACACUGAAAAUGGGUGACUCGGACGGUGUGGACGCUGCUGCGGGGGCGGCAGCGGAGCGCCGCCUUCGACAGCUGGAGGCGUUGUAUCUCAGUGGUCCGAUCGCCUCGGCGGGCCAAGCCAUCAGUCUGGAAACCCUUAUCGAUAUCAUGCUUGUACUAUACGACGAAUGCAGCAAUUCGAGCUUGCGCAAAGAGAAAACUGUGUCUGACUUUCUGGAAUAUGUUAAGUGCGUGGCCUGUACGGCGAAGUCUCUUCGUCUCACCCGUGAUGAUUUCGAGAUAAUAAAGGUGAUCGGCAGGGGAGCGUUUGGCGAAGUUUGCGUGGUGAAAAUGCGGGGAUCCGAAAAAGUGUUCGCGAUGAAAAUCUUAAACAAGUGGGAAAUGUUAAAACGAGCGGAAACGGCUUGCUUUAAAGAGGAGAGGGAUGUGCUUGUCUUCGGAGAUCGACGCUGGAUAACGCACUUGCAUUACGCGUUUCAGGACGAAUCGAAUCUCUAUUUGGUAAUGGAUUAUUACUGCGGAGGUGAUUUGUUGACAUUGUUGAGCAAAUUCGAAGAUCGUCUUCCGGAAGAUAUGGCUAGGUUUUACAUAGCCGAAAUGGUCCUAGCCGUGGAUUCCAUUCACAAACUUCGAUACGUACACAGAGACAUCAAACCCGAUAAUGUUUUGUUGGACGCGAAUGGUCACAUAAGGCUGGCUGAUUUUGGCAGUUGUUUGAGGUUAAACGAUGACGGUAUGGUGCAAUCGAAUGUGGCUGUGGGUACCCCCGAUUAUAUAUCCCCGGAAAUACUCAGGGCAAUGGAAGAUGGUCAGGGGAGAUACGGACCCGAAUGCGAUUGGUGGUCCUUAGGCGUGUGCAUGUACGAGAUGUUAUUCGGGGAAACACCGUUCUAUGCGGAAAGUCUGGUCGAAACUUACGGCAAAAUUAUGAACCACAAGAAUUGCUUCGAUUUCACGAUGGACGUCGACGUGUCCGACUCCGCGAAGGAUUUGAUAAAGAGGCUCAUUUGCGGUCAAGAAUUUCGAUUGGGACAAAACGGCGUGGAAGAUUUCAAGAACCACCAGUGGUUCGAGGGUGUCGACUGGGAGGGUAUAAGGGACAGCAACGCGCCGUACAUCCCCGAAGUGUCCAGUCCGACGGACACGUCCAACUUCGACGUCGACGACGCGGACAUCAGAUUAUCGGACGCUCUGCCGCCCACUGCCAACAAUGCCUUUACGGGCUUGCAUUUACCGUUUAUCGGGUUCACCUUUACGCAGGGAAGCUACCUUUGCGACCUGAGUAACCUUCGUUCGUCGAUAUCGGUGACGAGCGACACCGAAAAGCGGAACCAGCGGAACGAUAUCAUGUCUUUGGCGCUGAACGCGUCUCAGCAGCCGCCCGAGAAAGAGAUCGACCGCUUGAGAUCGCCGCCGGAUGGCACCCGCAAGCUCCAAGACGAAAUCAAUAUGUUGACGAAGAGGAACUGCGAGUUGGAAAUGCAACUGAGGAACAUGGAGACGGGCGGCCACUCGAAAGAUCUCCACAUCGAUUCUCUCGACGGCACCGAGACCGGGAAAAUCAAGGAGCUGGAACGUUUGGUGAAAACGCUGAAGCAAGAGAAAGAGGAGGCAAACAAGGACAAGCAGGAUCUGCAGGACAAGUUGAAAUUUCAGGAUAAGGAGUUGAAGGACGCGCUGGCGCAGAAAAAAUUGGCCAUGGCCGAGUACACGGAGGUCAGCGACAAGUUGGCGGAGCUGCGGGCCCAGAAGCAGAAAAUCUCGCGGCAGGUUAGGGACAAGGAGGAAGAGUUGGAGAUGGUGAUGCAGAAGGUGGACUCGUUGCGGAACGACAUCAGACGGGCGGAGAAGUUGCGUCGGGAGUUGGAGUCUAGGGUGGAGGAGGCGCAGGCGGAGGCCAGUAAAGAGAGGAAGCUCCGCGAAAGGUCCGAGGAGUAUUGUCGACAAAUGCAGGCGGAAUCGGACAGGUUACGGGUGAGAAACGAGCACCAGAGUCCCAGGGACCAGCAGGACUCUUUGAGGCUCAAGGCCGAACUGGAAAAAUUAGAGGUUCAGUAUAAUGAGGGUUUGGCACAGCAACAAGCUAGAUACAAUAUGGAGCUGGCCUCUCUGAGGGAACAACUCCAAGAGGCGGAAUCUCAUAGGGACCUUUUGGAAAGAGAGGUACAGACACUAAAAGAAAAGUGGGAAAAGUCAAAAUUGGAGGUGAUCGCGGAUACCGAGCAGACUUUUGCGGAAUUAAACCGUCGUCACGAACGAGACAAACAAAUCCUAGCCGAUGAAAAUAAAAAGCUUAACGAAACUGUAGAUUUUUUGACGGAAUCGAUGACUCGACUGCAAACGGAGCGCGCGAAUCUUGAAUCCGAAUACGAUACACUGAGGAGCAAACAGGACGCGUUGGGUCAAUGGGAGUCCCAGCUUUCGGAAAUUAUCCAAUGGGUGAGCGAUGAAAAGGACGCCCGAGCAUACUUGCAAGCGUUGGCUACCAAAAUGACCGAAGAACUGGAGUAUCUCAAGCACGCGGGUGUCUCGAACGCGGUGGGCGGGCCCGACAAAAACUGGAGAAACCGGCGGUCCCAGAAACUGGACAAAAUGGAGCUGCUUAAUUUGCAGAGCUCCCUGCAGAGCGAGAUUCAAGCCAAACAAGCGAUCAGCGAAGACCUGAGUAAGACCAGGGAAGCGCUUCUGGCCGCCCAAAAGGAACUUCGCGAAUACAGACAACGAAACGAAGCCUUAGUUAUAGAUUUAAAACGAAAAGAAAAACAAAUGAAAGACCUCCAGAACAGGCUGGAUUCGGAAGGAUCCACGGUAGGAUUGUCCGCAUUCAUCCAACGUCACGCUCCCAAGGUUCUCGAACGGCCGUCAUCCCAGAUGUCCUACCUCGAACAGUUCCUGAAGGAGACCAACUCCAAUUCCGGGCAGAACAUGUACGACAACGUGCCGUCUCAGUCUCUGCUCUACCAGAGCGGAUCGAUGGAGUCGGAGGACGGCGACAUCGAAGACAACAGAGCGCCCAGCAUAGUCAGCUCGAAGAGCAACCUUUCGGAACUUAGCGUGCACGAGUCCCAGUCGCCAAUGAAACACAAGGCCCACCAGUUCUUGGUGCGCACUUUCUCUAGUCCAACGAAAUGUAGUCACUGCACCUCCCUCAUGGUGGGCCUCAUGCGUCAGGGUAUGGUGUGCGAGAUAUGUGGGUUCACUUGUCACACCGCUUGCUGCCCGCACGUGCCACCGGUGUGUCCCGUGCCGCCCGACCAAACGAAACGACCUCUAGGCAUCGAUCCUACCAGGGGCAUCGGUACCGCCUACGAGGGUUACGUGAAAGUUCCGAAACUGGGCGGAGUCAAAAAGGGAUGGGUGCGUCAGUUCGUGGUGGUAUGCGACUUCAAGUUGUUCCUGUAUGACAUAUCAGCCGACCGCAAUGCCUUACCCAGCGUUCACGUAGCUCAGGUGUUAGAUAUGCGCGAUCCGCAGUUCAGCGUCAGCAGCGUCAAGGAUUCCGACGUCAUCCACGCGAACAAGAAAGACAUUCCCUGCAUAUUCAAGAUAUCGACGUCGCUGAUGGAACCGCCGGGACCACGUAACUCCACCCUGAUGUUGGCCGACAGCGAAGCGGAGAAGAACAAAUGGGUGGUGGCGCUGGCGGAACUCCAUCGGAUCAUGAAACGGAACAAUUUACCGAACACCGUGGUGCUUUUGGCGCGCGAGCUCAUCGACAACUCGCUCGCCUUGCUCAAGAACACGCUCAGCGCGGUGAUCAUCGAUCCCGACAGGAUCGUGCUGGGCACCGAAGAGGGACUCUAUUGCAUCGAUCUCGACAGAACUGAGAUAGCCAGGAUCGGCGACGGAAAGAAGAUGUUCCAGAUCGAGUAUAUCAGCGAGGAACAUUUACUGGUGGUGGUGAGCGGGAAACAGAGGCAAGUGAGACUGGUUCCCAUAAGGGCCCUGGACGGUGACGAUACGGAAUGGAUAAAGGUCACCGAAAGCAAAGGCUGCUCCGUUCUGGCGGUGGGGCCCGUGCUUAGGGCCCCGCUCACCUUUUGCCUUUGCAUCUCCAUCAGGAAACAGAACUUUUCGGCCAUCAUAAUUUACGAGAUAACACGGACCAGAACUAGGCAUCAACGGGUGCACGAGAUCAAUGUGCCAGUUAAUGUCCAGUCGCUCCAGUUGUUGUCCGAUGGCCGGCUCUGCGUCGGAUCACCCUCGUGUUUCACCGUUUACAGUUUACAAGGGGGCGAGCAGUUCACUUCGCUGCUCCACGCGGAGAACCCAUUGUACGCGACCAUCACGUGCAGCGCGGUGGAGGCGCUGAGGGUGAUAGAAUUACCUAGACGCGAGUACCUGCUGGUGUUCGGCACGUUGGCCGCCUACGUCGACAAGCACGGCCGGAAAUCCAGAGAUAGGGAGAUCAUGUAUCCGGCGGUGCCGACCGCGAUAAGUUACCGUGACGGCCACCUGGUGGUGUACAGCGAAACCCACAUUGAUAUUUUCAAUUGCGCCACCGGCGAAUGGGUGCAGACGUUGAACAUAAAAAGGUCGAAGCCGUUAAACGACAGCGGUAGCUUGUCGUUGUGCGUAUUGCACGAGUUGCCGCACCUCUUGUACCUGUCGAACGUCCAUCAGAGGGAGCUGAUUAAUUUGGAAAACAUCGUCACUCUCGAUACCGAAGGGAGAAUAAUUCAGAAGCCGAGGCGGCGGUUCUCGAUCAGAGAGGGACACAGGUCUCAGAGAGGGAACACAGACAGACGUUCGAAAUUAAUAUCGGCCCCGACGAAUUUUAACCACAUCAGUCACGUGGGACCCGGGGACAGUAUCCAGCAGCAGCGACUGAUCGACCUGACCACCAGUCUCGUGGACCACGUGCCCGAUCAUUUGACGUUCGCCGCCCCGCCCCCGCAGGCCAGGCCGACUAAGACAGCGCCAUUACCACCCGUUCCUGCGAAACCGUUGCCCAGCGAGCGACGUCAGCAGCGUCCCGAGAUCUCGAACCCGACGCCCAUCAGGGCUCAGUUCCCCGCGUAUAAUGGCGCGAAAAGGGCGGCGCCGCCCAGGCCGCGCGACCUACCGCCCGCGUUGCCACGCCCCUCGGACACGUCACCUUCGCCCGAUCCCGCCAGCAUCGGCAGUAUGUCGUCGCUACACGACAUGAUCAAGGGCGGGGACAACAGAGGCAGUCCGCGUCACUCGAUAGCCAGCAACAACAGUUCGAAUCUGUCGACUCCGCCUUCUCCGCAGGCCGACCACCACAACAACAGCUCGAGUUACGACAGUUAAGCGGAUUUCGUUUGAUCGAUGCUUAAGGUGUCCUUCGCUUAGCGAAUGCGUAAAAAAAAACAAUUUCGUCUUCCAGUACGAUAGUUGUCGGCUCACGCAAUUUUUGUCACACCAGAUCGACACUUUAUUUAUCGGGACUGAGUAGUUACCUCAAGAUUUAGAAAGAAAAAUCUUAUUCAAACAAUAAUUAAUAUAAACGACAUUUAAAUGUUAUUAGCGCUAACGGCACGGUACUUAUUUUUUUUUGUUUCGCUCGUCUCCCCUCGUGUGUAUAUUGUUUUUAGCGAAUUUUCUCGUUUGUAAUAUAUAUCCAUAUUAUUUGUGCGAAAAUGAUACAAGUCAAUUAAGUCUAUCGCGGUUGUAUCGGUCAGCGCGUUCUUCAACAAAAAGAAAAAAAUUAUUAUAUAUAUUUUAUAAUUUAUAUUUAUUUAUUUCGUUUGUUUUACGGUUUUCCCACUAACGGUUUGUUUUAAAAUGGUAUAAAGUUUUAUUAUCAUAUUUUAUUAGAAUAGAUGACUAUUUAAUUAUUCCUCGAAAUAAUAUUAUAGUUAAGGCAUUCGUAAACCUCUAAGGCUGUUGUCGAUACUAAUAAACGAGAUUCAGUCUGACCUGUGUUCUUCAAAGCCGAGCCCAACAUUAACAUCUCAAGUUACCAACUUGAUAUUUGUGUUGGUACACUGUAAAUCGAACUUACGUUGACGUUUCUUCAGUUAAGUUUAACCUCUACGUUCGGAAUCAAAAUUUGCCUCUUUGUUUAACCUUUCCGCAUUCUUUUUUUGCUUUGUCGAUCAUUAAAACAUAGUCGACAACUCACUUUAAUGCUUGGAGGUUUUUCGCGUGAUGCCGAGUACAGACAGAGAUCACAGGAGUCAUGUGAAAAGUUGCUGCUGGUGUGAUACGGCACGUAAGGUGGCAAAAAGCAAUUAACAAUGUAACAAUAUGCAAAUUUUCAUAACUACGUGAUAAAUAGUUUAAUUAGCCAUCGUCGUACUGGGGUCUAAAUGUUACGCAGAACACCAUGGGAUGAUACAAUUGUACCCCACUCUAAUUUGAACGCUUUCUGAUAUUUUAUGCGACAAUUCUGGUAGAUAUACACUGUGACAACAAAAUGAAAUAGUUAAUGUAAAUAAAAUAUGUAUAAUGCAUAUUAUAUUUAUUGAAAAAGUUGAACAAAAUAAACAAUUCUCAAAAAAGUUAGACGAACUGCUCUACUCAUAUUAAUUCUUACGUUUUUCCAAACAAUCUGCAAAUUAUAUGUUUUACACUACGGUCAGUGCAUGCAAAUUUUUUUCGAUCACAACAUUGUUGCCUUUGUUUCUAUUGCACAAAUAACAUCGUCCAGAAACAGGUCGUUCAGGUUCUUAGGAAUAGAUUUUGUGGUGCUUUUCCAAUUGUGGAAACAUUUCUAGCACAUAUGAUUCGACACUGUUGGGAAUUCUUGGUUGUUUUAAAUCUUCUUAUAACAUUUUCCCCAAUCAAUGACUCUCCCAAGUCCAAAAGAAAUUUUCUUCUGCUGUCUUUGCUUUUUAAUUUUUCAUCUGGAAAUUUUGCACUCCAUAAAAUAAAUGCAUUUAGUAUCAUGUCAAACCUGUCAAAGUGUCAUUUGUUUCUCUAAUAGUUUAUCUGCUAGGGACAAACUUGUAAAGAAAUUAUCUGUGCUUAUGCCAUAUCCGGUUCCUAGAUGUCGACAAGAUCUAAGACGACUCUUACGCCUUGAUUCUUUUCUGUUGUAUAGCUUGAGGGGCGCCUAAGAUAAAAAUGAGGCCAAUGUAUGGCUUUAUUUCAACAGCAUCUGUUGGUUUCCAUAUGUGUUGUAGAGGUUGUGUUUGAUUUGGGUGUUUUUCAUUCCAAAUUUUGAAAGUCUGAAAAAUUGGACAGGGAUAGGUACUAUUAGUGAAAAAUGCCAUAUAUAAUUCGAUAACUUUACAUGUUCUGCCUUAUCAUUAGUAUGCAAUGACAAUUAUUUCUAUAAUUUCGUCUGUCAGAAACAGUCUAACUGAAUCAAGUUUUGAAGCAAUAUUGAUACUGUGUUGACUUAGUCCAGGCUUUUUCCUAAUUAUAUUUGCAAAUUUCGUCGUUUUUGUCUAAGUUUUGAGUUAUCUUUGGUUCGAUAAAAUAACCUACCUUCUUCUAAGAUUUUUUCACUAUCGUCAGUCUUUAUUACACUACUCACAGCACCACUGUCAUUUCCGUCUUCCAUAAUCACAUCUUCAGACAUUCAUUAGAGCACCACCGUUAUUUAUUGCUUCUAUUAUAUCAUCUUCAAAAUCUCAUUUCCGGAACAUCAUCACUAUCUUCCUGACUACCACAGAGUUCUAUGUCAGCAUCAUUGAGAUCGUCAUUCAAUAAUCGUUCUAACUCUAAAUCGGUUAAUUUAUUUGGUUUGCGAAUAUUUAUUUUAUCAGUUAUUGUGUAACAUUUCACGCUAGCGUAAUGAUUUCAAAAAUCAAAAAUGUCUGAGACCAUCUGAUACUGACUGUAUUGCGCAUAAUCGUGACUAAUCAAAAUUGCGGAACCCUUGUGUAAAGUUAUUAAAAAGAUAUAAGAAAAAUUGAGUUGUUGCACGGUACGACGAAGGUUAACAUCUCAGUUAACAACUUAACCAACCGGUUAAGUUUAACCUCUGCAUUCGGAAUCAGAUUUACCUCUUUGUUGAACCUUUCCGCACUCUUUUUUUGGUUUAUCGAUCAUUAAAACAUAGUCAACAACUCAGAGAGAGGCAGAGACCACAAGAAUCAUCUGAAAAGUUGAUGCCACGUAAGGUGGCACAAAACAAUUAACAAUGUAACAACAUUAAAAUUUUAAUCAUUCCGUUUUAAAUAGUUAAAUUACGUAAAAUCUACAAAUACAAAUUCAGGGCACGUCUUCGUAAUAGUAAUAAAAACACAUUUUGCGUUCAAAAAGUCACUUUUUCCACGAAAAAUCAACAAAAGUAGACGCAUUUCAAGUUAGAAACCCCUUCGUCCUGUAAAAUGGUUACCUUGGGAUACUGGAUACUAACCAAGAUUAUGGCAUUAGCUUUUGCAUUUUUAGAAAUUGUUUUGGACAUUUCAAAUUUUCAUUUGUCUCUAACGAUGCUCGUUUUAUGCUGUGCUGGAAUACAUUCCUUUUAAUUCUACGCAUGUGACUUUCGAAUGUCUUUUUCCCACCAUUGUUUGGCUUUGUAGAGGACAAGUUACAAAGACAAACACUUCCAAUUGGUGUGCACGUAAUCUCCAAAAUGAACACGUUUUGCGUUAUAAUUUUCACCUUGCAAAGACAAUAUGCGAUAAUCGUAAGUGACCAAAAUCAAGUAGUUUAUAAAGUUGCAUUUCAAUUCUGGAUGACUUGAUCGGUCUAUUUUGGAUUAUCUGAUUUGUCGUACAAAACCAAUGGGUGUUAUAGUCUGUCUCAAUCUUCUUCGUGUAUAAAAUUUAUAACACUUCGACUGAGUUUGAUAAUCACUACGUCUAAUCCUCUUCUUCAAAUCUGCACUAUUAGUUAUAUCCCUUAUCGACGAUAUUGGCAUUUUUGUAAGUAGACAGGUUUCUUUUACAGAUGCUUGUUGAAUAGAUCCUCUAUUUUAUUCCUUCUAGAUUCUUUUAAUUUUUUCAAAACGCACAGUAAAAACAAUUAUUCAACACUGCCACACACUCAAGAAAUAUAUAUGACCCACUCCUGCCUUGCCACUCAAGUAAGAAUAAAUUUGAGACAGACUGUAUCUCAAAAUACCAACAAUCAGAACAAAAAAAAGAACGGAAUUUACGCCCACGUUAAACGUUUGGAUGACAUUUUAUUCCAACUAAUUUGAACUUCAACAAAUUGUAUAAAGAUCAAUUACUUUUUCUGGGCCAUUCCACUUUAAAAUACUUACACCAAAAUCACCCCUCACACCCACCCCCCGCCUUCGGCGAUCGGAAGUAGUCUUUUUGUUACACCAUUGAAUAAAAUUUAUCGCCGCAGAAGACUGAUUCCUCAAUAAUCGAUAAUCAAAAGAAAUUGGCGUGUGUAAAUAUUUAAAAAUGUAAUGGUGAAUAGUCCACAUUUCUUGAUCGUUUGGUUCGAGUUCCGUUUACGCUAGCUCAUAGUGGAUACGUUUAUUUUAAAAUAGAAAAGUUUAUAUUAACAUUGUAUAUAUAUCAUUUGUUUAUAUUUUCAGUGUUACGAAUAUUGUGUUUUUAUUUCGGGUGUAUGCUCUAAUUCU